AUGCCCCUUUGCCCAUUCCUGACACCCCCGACCCGCCCACACCGGCUCCCUGAACCCCCAGGUUUCGCCAGGCGAAACCCGGUGCUUCUCCCUCCCACGGGAUCGGCGUCUCCCUUCCCUUACGCGGCGCUGGGAUCCAGCCUGGAAAAGGUCCGGCGCGAGCCCCUCCGUCGGCGAGCGAUUUUCGCUGGAUCCCUUCCCCGCUGCCGGAGAGGCGCGCGGCGGAGGCCGGAGCGAGCCGGGCAGGGAUCCCGCCUCCCAGCAAACCCCGGGAGGCUCAGAGGCGGAGGGAGGCACCGGCGGGCGGGCGGCCGCGGCCCGAGCGAGCCCGGGCGGGAUUCGGCGAGCUGCCCUUGGUCCCGGCGUCCAAGGUCAUUUCAGUCCCGCGUGUCGGAGCUGGAGCGGAGCCACCCCGGGAUGCUGGAGAGGAGCGGCCGGAGCCGAGCGGCGCUGGCGGGAGAGAACGAGGCGCGACGUCAAGGCCGGAGGGAGCGCCGCGGGUCCGUCCCGCGGUGCCCCGGGUGUUCCCCGCCCCGGGAAGCGGGGGGUCACGGCCGGGACAGAGCCGAGACCCGGGUCCCGCGGUGUCCGCAGCGCCGGGGGCGCUGGGUCUCGCCUCAGCGGGAGCCGCUCGGAGCGGGGCCCCGCGGCACGGAGGGAGCACGCAGGGGGGCGGCCCUCGUGCUGCGGGGCUGUGAGGGGCACGGCGGGGCUGCGGGGCUCGGCCACCGCCGGGGCAGCCCUGCCGCCGAUCCCAUCCCCGCCGGCGCUCGGAGCCCCUCAGGCGAAGCCGGCGGGUCGCCGGCGGGCAGCGGCGGGACUUCUCCCCGGCCCGGCCCGUCCCUUCAGGGAAUGAGGGGGUGCCGGUGUUUCCGCGCUCCCCUCAGCGCGGCGCCGCCGGCCGGGACAGGCCGAGGGCCAACACCGGCUCGGCGGCGGCGGCGGGAGGGACGCGGCCCCGGCCCCCUCCGGCCCCGAAGCCCUCCCCGGUCCCAGCCCCCUCAGCCCCGGGUCCCCCCCGCUCCCGGCGCCCCCCGAGCCCCCCGCUACCUGCGCGCGGCCCCGCGCGCCGCCGUCAUGCCCCGCGCGCCCCGGCCUCCUCGCGCCGCCACGGCGCCCGCCCAUUGGCCGCCCGUCGCCUUCCACCCCGCCCAUUGGCCGCACACUGCCGAGCCCCGCCCCUUUCCUGCCGCCCAUUGGCUCCCAGCGCCCAGUCCCGCCCCCGCCACGCUGAGUGCCACAUCCCGCCCCCGCAGGCCCCGCCCACCGCCGUGA